GCCGUUUAGUGAUUACCCUAAUUAGAAGACUCGACCCCUCAUUUAGAUGGCCGUGCCCGCCUAUCCUUAGCAGCGUUCCGCCGGCGGGAAGGUAGCGUUUUCCAGCCUUUUUCUUAUUAACAUAAAGCUCCAACUCCGGCAACAAGUAUACCAAAAAACAGAAGGCCAUAGCGCAGCAGCUAAGCUAAGCUUGUGCAUAGAGGGUUGAUGCAGUAUCUGCGAUGGAUUUCGAAACAAACUAUGAGAUUGAAGAUACUGCUGAUUUCAUUCACCGCCGCAACUUCUCCAGGGUUGCUUUGCAGUUCCCUGACGAGUUGUUGAAGGAUUCCAUGAGAGUGGUGGGUGCUUUGAGAGACAAGCUUCAGUUACUGAAAGAAUCAGGCUCUGGAACACAACGAGAUGGUGCUAAAGAGGUUAGACUCUUUGUAAUGGCAGAUGCAACUUAUGGAAGUUGUUGCGUGGAUGAAGUUGGUGCGUCGCAUAGCGAUGGUGAAUGCGUCAUUCAUUACGGACAUACGUGUCUCAGCCCAAGCUCAACCCUUCCAGCAUUCUUUGUUCUCGGAAAAGCUUCAGUUGAUGCUUCGAAGUGUGCUGAAAGUUUGUCGAAUUAUGCAUCAACAAGUGGAAAACCGGUUCUGGUACUUUAUGGCCUAGAGUAUGCACAUGCCAUCUCACAUAUCCAGGAUGUAGUUGUUUCAGUAUUAUCAUCCUUAAAUGCGUCCACCUCAUCUUGUGAAUAUCACUUUGCUGAUGUUGCAUCUCGAGUAACCGAUCCCCCAAAGCUAUGUGAAAAUUCUGAGAACCUGAGACCAGACUGUGAUUGUGAUACUAGUUGUGAGGGUGUCACAUCUGGUUUUACUGGUAGCAUUGGAGGUCUGAUCUGGAGUCUACCCAAAGGAAGCAAGAUGGAAGAUUACUCUCUUUACUGGAUUGGCUCUGAAAAUUCAGCAUUUGCAAAUGCAGUACUGACAUUCAAUGGAUGUGAAAUAGUCAGAUACGAUGUGGAGCAAGGUUGCUUGAUGACAGAUUUAUCUCUACAAAGAAAGAUACUCAAGAGGAGAUAUUACCUAGUGGAGAAGGCAAAAGAUGCAAACAUUGUUGGGAUACUGGUUGGAACUCUUGGAGUAGCUGGUUACCUCAACAUGAUUCAUCAGAUGAAGGACUUAAUAACUGCUGCAGGAAAGAAGGCUUACACUUUUGUAAUGGGUCGACCCAAUCCUGCAAAACUUGCCAACUUCCCUGAGUGUGAUGUUUUCGUGUAUGUCUCCUGUCCGCAAACUGCUCUCCUGGACAGUAAAGAGUUCUUAGCUCCAGUCAUUACUCCAUUUGAAGCCAUGCUAAGUUUUAGCAGGGGAAGGGAAUGGACCGGAGCAUAUGUUACGAAAUUCUGGGAUUUGAUUGAUUCCCCUCUACCAAAUGUAAGACAUGAUCCUGAAGAGGCCCGUUUCUCACUCAUACAAGGCAGAUACGUUGAGGACUUCAGUUCCAAAGAGAACGUGGAAGAGGAAGAAGAGAAUGGAAGGGUUGUUGCUCUAUCAACCACAAUGGAGAAGGCUCUACAACUGCGAGACAAAAGUACUACUAUGAUAACCAGCAAUGGGAAGGGAGCUACAUCGGGGGCAGAAUAUUUUGCCACCAGAAGAACUUAUCAUGGCCUGGACAUGUACCACGACAGUGGUUCUACGGUGGAGCCGUUCUUGAUUGGCAGAAGUGGGAAGGCAUCUGGUUAUGAAGGCGAGAGAAACAAGCCUGAUACUGAAGCUAAGAAUUAACAAGGCAGUUUCGGUGGCACAUCCUUGUGUUGUAUAGUUGCAGCACAGGAAGAGAUGAAAGGAUUUUUGGUCAGCAAUUCUGGGUCCCCCAACUUUCACAUUACUUAUCGACUUCUAUUUCAGAUUCAACGUUUUAAGCAUGUGGCCAUGGUGAAGAAGUAAAGAUUCCUCGUUGAGCUCCUUAUCUAUAAAUGCUGAAUUCAUACAUCUAAAUUGGGGGAGCUUGGUUGAGAAGAAAUUGGAUAAGGGACUCGUGGCAGAGUUACGCAAGUAGCAACGGUGGGCGGUGGCACUGUGGUGGGAAAAUUGCUGGAGGAAUUGCCUUGUGUAGUUGUGUUGCAGCAAAGAUGGAGAAGCUUGAAGGUAGCAUCGAGCUGCUGAGGGAGUUCAAGCACGUCCUUGCAGCUAUCAUGGAUAGGGUUAUAACUUACGACUGCUGCUUCAUACUAGUGACCAGUUGCCUUUGAGAAGUUUCUUGCUGGUGUAGGUAAAGACUUGUGUUGCAAAGUGGUCACAUAUAGUGUUGUUU